AUGGACCCUUCUGAUGAAAGGUCCAACAGAAGCGUAGAGCUUACCAGAACAAGAACAGAAACUGCCAGAUCGCUUAAGGAAUUGGGAAUCAAUGAAGAUAUCCCCCAGCCUGACCUUAAUAUGCCUCCAUGUCAAGAUCCAAUCUUUCCUGAAGAAUAUACACUCGAGACAGAAACAGGGUUGGUGCCAGUAGAAGGCCUUCAAAGAGUGGGCCGUGUCAAACUGAGGCUUUCAAGAGUGCUGACAGAUAGAACUGCCACUUCUGAAAUCAAGGAGCUUGAUCCUACUAUAGAGUUUGUCACUUUCAAUAUCAAUGACCCUGAAAACCCACACAAUUGGAAUAUCUGGCUCAAGUGGUUCUACACAUUCAUUUACUCCUGGGCUGUCAUCUCUGCUGCCUAUGGUUCUUCUUCCUUGGCUGGAGGCCUUGAACUUGUUAGUGAAAAGUAUAAUGUUUCUACUGAAGUGGCUGUAUUGACGGUAUCUUUAAUGGUGAUUGGUUUCCUUGUGGGUCCUUUGCUCUGGGCACCACUUUCUGAACAAAUCGGAAGAAGACCGGUUUACUUUAUCAGUUUUGGGCUUUAUACGCUUUUCAACGUUCCUGUCGCUCUUUCUCCAAACAUUGCCGGUGUCUUGGUCUGUCGUUUCCUUCUAGGAGUAUUCGCUUCUUCUGCAUUGACCAAUGUGGGUGCCAGUUUAGUGGACCUCCAUUGUGAAACCAGAGGCAUGGCAAUUGCUAUUUUCUCGUUUUGUCCAUACUCUGGUCCUGUUUUUGGUGGUAUUGUCAAUGGUUUCAUUUCUGUCGAUACUGGCAGGUACGACCUUAUGGUCUGGGUGAAUAUGGCGUUUGCUGGUGUGAUGUGGAUCGCCAUGGCCUUUAUCCCAGAAACAUAUGCUCCUGUUAUCUUAAAAAGAAGAGCGAAACGCCUUAGAAAGGAAACUGGUAAUGAUAGAAUUAUGACUGAACAGGAAGCAACGCCCAUGUCGUUCUCUGAAAUGAUGAACAACAACUUGUAUCGUCCCAUGAAGUUCUGCUGGCAGGAACCCGUGUUGGUGCUUAUUUGUGCAUUUGUGGCGCUUAUUUACGCUUUGCUUUAUGCUUUCUUUUUUGCCUACCCUGUCAUUUUUGGCGAUCUUUAUGGAUAUAAAGACGAUAAGAUUGGUCUUAUGUAUGUUCCAAUUCUUAUUGGUGCAUUGCUUGCAGUGGCUGUCACUCCAGCUUUGGAAAGAAGAUACUUAGCGUUGGCAAAGAGACGUAAAACUACUCCUGAAGAUAGACUAGUGGGUGCUAUGAUUGGUGCUCCUUUCCCUUGCAUUGCCUUGUUCAUUCUUGGUGCCACUUCGUAUAAGCAUAUCAUCUGGGUUGGACCUGCUUCUUCGGGUAUUGCAUUUGGCUUUGGAAUGGUGUUGAUUUACUAUUCAUUGAACAACUAUAUCAUCGACACUUAUGCCAAGUAUGCUGCUUCUGCAUUGGCCACUAAGGUGUUCUUAAGAAGUGCAGGCGGUGCUGCUUUCCCCUUGUUCGUCACGCAAAUGUACCAUGGAUUGGGCUUGCAGUGGGCUUCUUGGUUGCUAGCAUUUGUAUCAUUGGCAAUGAUUUUGGUUCCUUUUUGCUUUUAUAGAUAUGGUGGUACUUUGAGAGCCAAGCUUUGCAAGGAAGACUACUCGGGUAACCUCAUCUGA